AUGACUGGUAAAGUACAGUUUUCAAGUCGAGGAGUCACGGUUGCAGCACACCUGUACCUUCCUCCUCCCUCAGCCCCAGACCGAAAAGGUGCCGGGGUAGUCUGUGGUCACCCUAUGGGAGGGGUAAAAGAGCAGACAUCCGGUACUCACGCGAAGAGGCUGGCAGAUCAAGGAUUUGUGGCACUGGCUUUCGACGCUGCAUAUCAGGGUGAGAGCGGCGGCGAACCACGCGGCCUUGAGGAUCCUUUCCAGCGGGCCGAGGAUGUCAGAGCCGCAGUCACAUUCCUUGCUACCGCGGUGCCUGAGGUGGACCCAAACCGCAUCGGCGCAUUUGGCAUCUGCGCAUCCGGGGGAUAUGUUUGCUUUGCCUCGCAGACUGACUUACGGAUCAAGGCUAUUGCGACUCUUGGUGCCGUCGACACUGGAGAGAUAUUCCGGGAUGGCAUGAAAGGAACAGCGAUGCAAAUAUCUCGCGAGAGCCUCCGAAAGACUCUCCAGGCAGCUGGCGAGGCCCGCAUGGCGGAGGCGCGCGGAGAAUGUGCUCCUCUGAUCCCUCUAGUGCCCGACGACCCUACAAAUGUGCCCGAAGGCACCCCGGACCUCUUCCGCGAUGCGAGUGACUACUAUCAAACUCCGCGUGCGGGACAUCCUCGUGCAAACAACCGAUUUGCUCUUCGCAGCUACGAUCUUUUGGUCAACUAUUCCUCAUUCGCGUUCAUGGAGUUGAUUUCACCUCGCCCCCUCCUGAUGAUGGCUGGCAGUGAAGCCGACACUAAAUAUUUCAGUGAGGAGGCCAUCGCUCGUGCUCUGGACCCCAAAGAGCUUUAUGUGAUACCGGAAAAGGCGCACAUUGCCACAUAUGAUGAUCUGACGGGGCACUUCCCUAAGCUUGUCGACUUUAUGGCCCAGCAUCUUUGUUGGUGA